GUCAAAAACUCCACGCCUUGCUGGAUUUAUUAAGCAGGUUCACUCGUUUAAGGGUUUUAGCCACAAAUUAGUCCAUAACAACUGCAGCAUUUCUUCUUUUUAAAGUCUGGACGCGUGUUCUUUGUAUCGUUGAUUGGUAACGCAAGCAAGCGUAAACACAAAGGAAUCAUUAAAGAAACAUGGAAAAAUCCCUGUCGUCGUCGUCUAUGUCGAAUCGAGAAGGCUCGCCGGAGCUUCAGUGCAUCGGUGAACUAGAAAUCGUGAAGGCAAAACCACCGGUUGGUUUUCUCUGCGGGUCUAUCCCUGUGUCUACUGAUAAAUCUUUCACCGCCUUCGAUUCUGCUCUCGUUCCUUCUGCUCCAGCGGAGGGAGCGCCAAGGUACCGGGUGAUUCCGACUGAGACUAAUCUCAAAACUUUGCCGUUUCGGCCAAAUAUUCCGGAAAAGGUUCUCCCGAUGGUUGCCGCUCAUUCUAGGACCGGUGGAGAUUUGCCUUAUGAAAGUGCCACUAUUGCAUCAAACCUUAGAAGGAAAGGAGAAGCCCUUGCUGUAUCUGGUUUAACAGAGUACGAAGAUGAAAUCGAUGUUAUUGCUCCAGCUGACAUUCUCAAGCAAAUAUUUAAAAUCCCAUAUUCCAGGGCUCGACUCUCAAUUGCAGUACAUCGUAUUGGACAGUCUCUUGUAUUAAAUACAGGGCCUGAUGUUGAAGAAGGAGAGAAACUGGUUAGAAGACAUAAGCAGUCACAAUGUGCAGAAAAAUCUUUAUUUUGGAAUUUUGCUAUGCAUUCAGUCCGGAUGGAAGCAUGUGAUUGUCCUGCAACUCAAAAUCCUGAGCCAGAGGAGCGGCUGAAUUCAUCAUUCCUGCCUGGAAAUAGAACUUCUGAGUAUUCACAAGGGAAACAAGAUAGUUUUUUAUGGGGAGGGAAGAAGAAUCAAAGAAACAAAGAUAAUGAUGAUGUAAAAAAGGUCACACAAGUCAAAGAAAAGUCAAGAUCCUCAAUGCAAGAAUCGGAUAUGUAUAGAAGAGUGAAUCGUGAUGGGUUCUUGAGGGUUCUUUUUUGGAAAUUUAAUAAUUUACGUAUGUUUUUGGGGAGUGACUUGCUUAUAUUCAGUAAUGAGAAAUAUGUUGCAGUGAGUUUGCACUUGUGGGAUGUAUCUAGACAGGUUACUCCAUUGACAUGGCUUGAAGCUUGGCUUGAUAAUGUGAUGGCAAGUGUACCCGAGUUAGCCAUCUGUUACCAUCAAAAUGGGGUUGUUCAGGGAUACGAGCUGUUGAAAACAGAUGAUAUUUUUCUUUCCAAGGGUGUAUCUGAAGAUGGGACUCCUGCUUUUCAUCCUCAUAUUGUCAGACAAAAUGGACAUUCGGUUUUGCGGUUCCUUCAAGAAAAUUGCAAGCAAGAUCCUGGAGCUUAUUGGCUGUACAAAAAUGCUGGCGAGGAUAACAUUCAGCUUUUUGAUCUUUCUGUUAUUCCCAAGAGUCAUGCUACCAACAACUGUGAUGAUGACCCUACCUUUAUACCUUCUUUAAUUAACAGAGGGAGAAGUGAUUCUUUACUCUCACUAGGGGCGCUUCUCUAUCGUGUUGCUCACCGGCUUUCACUUUCCGUGUCUCCUCAUAACAGGGCAAGCCAGAUCAACUGGCUACUUUUGGAUUACGAUGAAGAUCUGGAUUUGACAUCAGAAGUUAUUGUAGUUGAUGCCGAAGAAGAUUCCGACGAAUGCUUCACUGGGAUCUCUGAAUUAAUAACCCAAGAAAGUUUCAAUCCCAACAAAGAGGACGAAAACGGAACAAAUACACCCGAAUCCACAAAACUUUUGGAGUCAAACGAGACCGAAUCAGUAGACACCAUAAUCAAGCCAACUUCUAACUACGAAACUGUUGAGUUAUCUCCUACAUCCACCCCUGUAAUUCAGCAUAAUGUUGAUCUAAUCUCUUCAAAGCUAGCAGCAAUACACCAUGUCUCUCAGGCUAUCAAGUCUCUAAGAUGGAAUCGCCAGCUACAAGGCUCAGGAACACAUAACAGACCCGACCACAGUGCACCAUUACCAAUCGAUUUCUCUGUUUGUGCAUGUGGCGACACCGAUUGCAUUGAAGUUUGUGACAUUCGAAAAUGGCUUCCAACUUCAAAACUCGAUGAUAAAUUAUGGAAACUUGUUCUUUUACUUGGAGAAUCUUAUCUUGCUUUAGGAGGAGCCUACAUGGAAGACAGUCAACUCCAACAAGCCUUCAAAGUUGUCCGUUUAGCAUGCUUAAUUUAUGGGUCAAUGCCACAGCAUCUUGAAGACACAAGAUUCAUCUCCUCAAUGAGUUCAUUAGAGAUCGAUAUCCACAAUACAGAAAACAAAACCGAAUCGAUAGUCGCCCAUUAUCUUUUCUGGGCUAAAGCAUGGACACUUGUAGGAGAUCUGUAUGUUGAAUUACAUUUAAAGAAACCCGAUGAGAAACCACCUGCUCGAGAGUUAAAAGUGUCACCAGAAGUUCAGAAGGAGGUUGAAAGACUUAAGAAGAAACUCGGGAAGUUUAACCAGAGUUGUUCUUCUUGCUCAUUGGUUAACUGUAGUUGCCAAAGUGAUCGGGCCAGUAGCGGGAGUAGUGCGAGCAGUAGUACUGGAAACACUCGUUCAUUCAGAAAACCCUCUGAAAAAACCGGUUCCAAGAGCUUAUCUUAUUCAUCUGACGUGGCAAAACCUUCCACAGAGACUGAAUCCGAUUCAAAAGAGAAUAACGGUGGCAUUUUCAAAUACCUUAAUUGUUCUAACCAUAAAGAUUUAGACCAUAAUCUAACUACUGCUCUUCAUUGUUAUAAAGAAUCCCGAAAAUGUUUAGAGGGGCAUUUUAGUAAUUCGACCGAGUUACAAUCUCUUCUCAAGAAGAAAGGAUGGGUAUGCAAUGAAUUAGGCCGAAUGAGACUUGAGCGAAAGGAAAUUAAAAAAGCCGAACAAGCUUUUUCUGAAGCUAUCAGUGUGUUCAAACAGGUUUCUGAUCAUAACAACAUUAUCUUAAUCAACUGUAAUUUAGGCCAUGGAAGAAGAGCAGCAGCUGAAGAGAUUGUAUCACAGAUGGAUGAUUUAAUUUUCAACAAUGCUCGCAGCCAGAAUCUUGAAGCUGCAAAAUCACAGUAUUGUGAAUCACUUAAAUUUUAUCGAGCAGCAAAGAAAGAAGUCGAUAGUGUUGGUGAAGAAUCCAGUGUCCUUUCUAGCAAUCUUAGCAACGAAGUUUACACACAAUUUGCUCAUACAUAUCUAAGGCUUGGAAUGCUUUUAGCGAGAGAAAAUACAACAGCUAAAGUUUAUAAAUCUAAAUUGGAAUUUGGGAAACAUGAGAUUUCAGCGAAUGAUGCGAUUACAGAGGCUUUGUCAAUGUAUGAGUUAUUAGGGGAUUUAAGGAAACAAGAGGCUGCGUAUGCGUAUUUUCAGCUUGCUUGUUACCAUAGGGAUUGUUGUUUGAGGUUAUUGGAGACUGAUUCGAAGAAAAGCAGUGUUUUGAAAGGUGAAAAUAGUGUGGUCCAAAGAGUGAAACAGUAUUCCUCAAUGGCUGAGAGGAAUUGGCUCAAGUCUAUGGAGUUUUAUGGGCCGAAAACGCAUUCUACAAUGUUUCUGACCAUUUUGAUUGAGAGGGCAGCUUUGUUAUGUAGCUUGGCUAAGUCAUCUAACGCGUAUCCGAUGUUGGAAUCAGCUCUGAAUACUCUUCUUGAAGGACGCCAGGUGCCUGUAGACAAAAUCACAUUACAAAAGGAUGAUUCUAAUGUGUACAAAAGAUAUUGGAGUCAGCUACAGAUGACAUUAAAGAGCAUGCUAGCAGUAGCUCUUCCUACUAACACCAAGAAACCUAUUGCAACUUCCCAACAAAGCACCCUGCCAUCUGGAGAUCUCAAUAAACUCAAGGAUCUUUACCGGUUAUCUUUAAAGGCCACCGAGUUCACUCAGUUGCAAGCCAUCCACAAGUUAUGGGUAUCUUAAGAUAAAACCAAUCUCAUCAGACAUCAUCAUAAUCAUCUCUGCAUAAAAGCUUCCGUUUGGGGAUGGAUUUGCAGGCGUAAUCGAUUCCGGUGGAUUUUUCGGUGCAAAGGUAGGUGGUGCUGAAUUGGCCGUGGCCGAGCUUGUUUCCGAUUGUGUAAUGGUCCCUGAGGUUUGGGGUUUCGUGUGGGAGGACGUUGGUGCUUGGUUUCUUCAUGGAUCUUGAUGAAUUAUUUCCUCGUUUUCUGAGAUUUUUCUUUUGCAAUUGCAAUUUGGAAGAUUGUUUGAUUGAUGUCUGGGAAUGUUGAGAAAAGUAUAUUAUAAAAAUGAAAUAUCAUUGGACUAUUGGAAAAUGAAUAUUGUAUUUUCGAACAAUGAUCCAAAAUAGGUAGUGUUGCACAAUUAGAAAGAGGAGUUUGUAUAAAUGAAAAUAACAUUCACAAAUAGAAAAAAAAAAAAAAUUCAUUAAUGGAUUAUAAUUUUAUUCAAAAAAUUACCGUCUAUUUUGUAGUUUUUUUUUUAUUAUUAUUCUUAAAAGGCAAGUUUUGCAAAAUUUUCUUUUGGCCUAUGAUAUCAUCUUUUUGUUAACUGACAUCUACCAUUUCAAAAUAAAUAAAAUAAAAACUGCAUUUGUACUUUCACAACGUACAUUUCACAAGAUGGAUGGUUAUUUAUUAUAUUUGUUUAAAAGAUGUUCAUUUUGGUUCAUUCACUCCUUAUUUUGGUUAUGUCCUGUUUUUGGUUGUGUCCAAUUUAUUUUUUAUUUAUUUAUCAUUAUUUUUUUCAAAACAAAACCUAUUAAACUCCUCAACAUUACUACUCCCCCAUCUUUUUCGACUUCUACAUGCUAAGCUUACGUGACUUUAUGAAAACCUGCGACAAUAAAAAUACCUAUGUGACAAUGUGCUAGAAGUGCUACCAUUUUCUCCGCCUUAAGAUAAAAAAAAGUUAAAAACACAUAAGUUACAGCAGGAAACAUAAGUUACAGCAGGAAGAAAACUACAAUUGGAAGAAAACCACCACACCACUAUUGCCAAGAUUGUUAUUUCGAAUCCAUAAGAAUGUUAUUACUUAACCAAUUGAACUACGUCAUUUGCCUAAGGGUUAUUAUACUCACUUUUAUGACUAAUCCAAACAUAAAAUUGUACAAUACAUCCUUGCAAUGCACAGAUUCACAAUUAAAAACAUUUUUUGCUUAUAUGCUAGUAUUCUAAUUAUUCGUGUAUUUUUUACUAUUAUCUUUGACUUAAUCCCAUGGUUUUUCCUCUUUUGCAGGUUCUCGAAUUCAUACUCUUCUUUACAAUGUAUCCAUGUAUAUGUCAUAUUGCUUACUCUUUCUUUCCCUUAGUGUGUCCCAUUUAUGGUAGGUAUCGUCUUGCACAUGUCAACCUCCUCCCUUAUAACGGGAUUCCCAAGGUCUGUUGCUGCUUUAGGCGAGUUCUCUUUGGAUGGACUUUUUAAAUUGAGAAUUCAUUUAAAGAAAUAGUGACCAUUUAUGAUUUAACCACUCCCACAUCAUUUUUGGCAUAGUUACACAGCCUCGUAUUUCACUUUUAUAGUUGUUAUAUGGUACCUUAAAAUUUCAGAGAUUAAAACUCAAAUUUAAAGAUCUGAUUGUCUAUGCGGGCUUGCCACUACAUCACAAGAUCUAGUCAAUCUCACAUUGGAUUGGAUAUAAUACAUAGCUGAUGAUGUAUGAUGAAUGUGUUUUACCAUGGUGUCAUGAGCUUGUCACUUUACAAGCCUACACCCAAUUCGCAUAACACACCAUAUGAGAUAAAACAGAUCUUGUUUGGUUCCAUUGUUUAGUGAGAGAGUGUGAGAUUAAUACAUUAAACUCUAGAUUCAACCCCUUAUUUCUCUCUUAUUUAGUCCAUCAGUUUGACCCAAAUAUUUAUAAUUUCUUCAAUUACCUUUCAUUGUAAACUUUAUCAUCACUAGUGAAUAUUUGAGUGGUUUGCUCCAUCUAUGUUUUAUCAUGAUUUGGAAUUUUUCAUAUAAAUCUUGGUGGUGUGCAUGUCUCCAUUUUU